GCAGCAACUGCUGGGGGAGAAAAGAGCUGUCUUCAGCUGGAGCUGAACAGAGAGGCAGAUGUGAGCUGGUGCCUGGCAGCCCAGGCACAUUGAGCUGCAGCAGGAUGGCCUCCCUGGAGAGAAGGCAGCGGCCGAGGAGGCAGCGGCGGGUGGGACGGUAUGCAGAGGGCCUGGGUGGAGAUGCUCUGGAAAUUAUGGAUUCUGUUAAAAGCUUGGACUGUGUAGAAAGACUGGCACGUAAAUACAUGCAGAAGUGCGUGGUGGAGUCCAGCACGGAGUCAGAGUCUGAAUCCAGCGUGGAGGUCUUGCAUAACCCACUUGCUGAAGGACUCAGGAAGGCAAGAGACUCCAAGGGACUGCAAUUCUUAGAUCCUUAUGACGGUGAUUCAGAAGACACAGCCACUCACUCUGAUUGUAGCUUGAGUUCUCUGAACAGUAUAGAAGUUGCACCGUGGAUGAGCAGUGCUCCAAAAGCAAUGGCUUUCGAGGAUGCUGAUCCUUCAGGGAAUGGAGAGUCCUUCCCUCAACCUCUGGACUGCUCAGAAACUAAAAUUAGUGAUGUUUACAGCCAGAGAGUAAAUGAUGGCAAAUCUCCCCUUGAACUACCUAGCCAGCAGCAGGAUUUCCCAAGAAGCCUGCUGCAAUCCUCUAAGCUGAGGAGAGACACAGAAGUGCUUCCCUCCAUGUGGUUGAUGCCUGACCCUUCCUUACUAGUGGGUGUUAAUCCUUCAGCCCCUGCUCAUCUCCUUGCAAGUGCAGGUGAUAAUUCUCCACAACCCCUGCUAGCAGAUGACUGUGAUGGCACCACUUCCAGACAACCACUUAUUAAAAGAAAAGGGAUCACCAUUUCCGAGAGCGCUGGUGAGAAACGAAGGAAGAAAAUCCGGGCCAUUUGAUUUAAGGUAUGAAUUAAGUAGUUGGAUGAAGUCUUUCAUUCUAGAAGUCAACCUGCUAGGUUUCUUUUGCAAAAGCACCUGAACAAGACUUCAGAUGAUGAUACCAACACAGCUGCUCUGAGAUCCAUCUUGAAGGAUGGAACCAAAUAAACAAGCUUGUGUGGCAAUUUAAAUGAGAAUUAGAUGAGCUUUUUCCAGACCCAGCUGAGAUUGAUGCUUGUGUGCUACUUCAGUGUCUGGGCACCAGAUUCCUGUGUGCUGUGUCUGGAAACAUCUGUUCAGCUUUGGAAGUAUUACAAAGGUAUGUUGAGGAGGGAAGGAAGAACGACUGAAUUGCAAUUGAUUUUACAUAGCUGUUGCUCUUUGUGUUUUUCAUCUGCUGUCUCUAUUUUCCACACAAAUGGACUAUGUUCCCAGAAGUAUAACUGUCUGAAAUAUUUUGGUACCAACUAGCUGUGAAAGGAUUCAUUCUGUAUGACUGGCACAGAAUAACAUACAGAUUUUCCUAAAACUACUAAUAAAGGUGGAAAACCCCUUGCAAGCUACAAGCUUAGUAGUAUUUUACCAUUCCACUAACCUUUGCAUGAUAACUUUUCACAUGCAUCUCUGAUCGCUUCUUGGCCCAAACAAAAAUGAAAUGGGAGCCUUCAGCCACCAUAAAAGCAGCUUAAGAGGAAUGCCUCUUUUUUCUGCUAGCCUCCUCCAUGGGAAUGUUUCUAUGCUUUAGUCACAGAACUAGCUGAG